AGCAUUAUCAUGCCACGGUUAAUGGUGCCUUAAAAGGUGCUGUCCUUGGCUUGGGCGUUUCUUUAGGCGUUUCUCUUGUGGCUCAACGUUACUCUCAUUUUUAUCAAAAACUUACAUUACCGCUCAAAGCUUUCCUGGUUUCUUCAGGGACAAGUGCAGUAUGUAUUAUUGGUGCAGAACGAGCUGGCUUAAAUUAUGAGAGAAAAAGAUAUGGCCAUUAUCAGCCUGCCAAAAAAUUACAUCAAACAGAUUCAACUGUUCAGGUAGCUAAAGAAUUCAUUAGUGAAAAUCGAUAUAGUAUUGUUUGUGGAAGUUGGGCUUUAUGCAUGGCUGGAUCUCUUACUUAUACUUACAGGAAUAAGUACUUGAGCUUUGCCCAGAAAGUAGUUCAUGCACGUAUGUACGCACAAGCUUUGACCAUUCUUAUGGUUCUUGCAACAGCUGGUUUAUCUAUAUCUUCCAAAGAACCAAAGGCCAUUGAAGGAUCAGAUAAAUGGAAAGAAAUGGUUGCUGCUGAAGAAAGAAAAAUGAACAAGGUUUCAUAA